AUGCCUUUGGGGACCGAUGAGACCCAGACUACCCGGGCAUUGGAGAUGUUCUUCGAGCACAAGCGCCGGCACAACCAGGAUCUCCAGGGGUACGCGGCCGAAUGGGAUUUGCGAUAUGAAGAGGCUAAGGAGAAGGCUCGAUUGAGCAUGAGUAACGUGCAUGGCGACCUCAACAAGUUCCACGACAUCAGGGGCCUCGCGGCUCGGUUGUCCCAUCGCAUCGACAAGGCCGGGAACACUGGAGCUGUGUGUUACGAGGACGACAAGCAUUCCUCCACAGGCCACGAGGACUGGGACAACGAGAGCCAGAGCUACUGGGGCGAGACCUGGUGGAGUGAGGACAGGAGAUGUGGCACGAGGACGACGAGGGGUUCUUCGACCCGUAUGAGUACGAGGCCUGGAUGGGUGAGCCAGCGAGCGAGGGAGGCUACCAAGGAGAAGAUCGCCUAG